UAGAAUGAACACACGACCGGCACUUCACACGGUGAAAGACAACCUUGGCAUUCAUCAGCAGAUAACAUGCAUCAGCAGAUAACCCUUACUCUUCAGAUUAUUUGAUAAUCAUGAGAACGAAUACCGACGGUUUUAGCCUUGAAACACUCUCCCAUGUGACUUAUGUUUGUAAAUGGAAGAUGUUCUUCCCAGUGACCUUCAUCAUGUCCAUCCUGUGGAUCGCAGUAUUCUCCUACCUCAUGGUUUGGUGGACUGAGACACUCGGCCGAACUCUUGGCUUGGGAGAGAAACCAAAGGUUUAUACAACCUCCGGAAGUACAGAGAACAGAGCAUACACAGUGUGGAAUCUCGAUAGCCUCUUAAGAGGACGUAAAAGCAACUCUGAUCUUGGAGGCUGGAAUUUCAACAAUUCCAGGUCACGAUUCUCAAACAAUGUCGAAGGUAAUGGAUAGCAGCGUCUAGAAAUGCCCACUGUACAACUGAGAAGUGCUCCUUCGUUGCCCUCCUUCUCCAGACACUACAUGUCAAUAGACAAUAGUCCGAAUAAAAAGUUU